UACCUACAAUAAUACCAGAAGCAAAGACUUUCUUCUCAUCCACAGGAGUGAAAAGGAUGUCUUCUUCUUCUUCUUCUUCUUCUUCUUCUUCUCUUCUAGCUGCCUUAGCCAUCUGCUUGGCUUUGCUAUUCCAAGGAUCCCGAGCUCAAUUGAGACCAUCCUUCUACAAUACCACAUGCCCCGAUGUGUCGGCCAUUGUGCUUAGUGUAGUUCAAGAAGCCCAACGCUCCGAUGUUCGGAUCACUGCAAGCCUCACUAGACUCUUCUUCCAUGAUUGCUUUGUCCAAGGCUGCGAUGGGUCCAUUUUGCUGGACGACAGCGCCACGAUAGUGAGUGAGAAGGGUGCAAUUCCGAAUAACAACUCACUUCGGGGUUUUAAUGUGGUUGACAACAUCAAGGCUGCAAUAGAGAGAGCUUGCCCAGGAGUAGUCUCGUGCGCUGAUAUCCUUGCCCUUGCUGCCGAAUCUUCAGUUAGAUCAUCAGGAGGUCCCUCAUGGUCUGUGUUACUCGGAAGAAGGGAUGGCACCACUGCCAACAGAAACGCUGCCAACAACCUCCCCAGCCCCUUCGAUCCCUUAAGUACACUGCAGUCCAAAUUCUCCGCUGUCGGCCUCGGCAAUACUGAUCUCGUUGCCUUAUCAGGAGCCCACACCUUUGGUCGAGCACAAUGCAAAUCCUUCAGCAAUCGUCUCUAUAACUUCAGUGGCGGCAGACCGGACUCAACCUUGAACCCCUCUUACCGGAGCACACUGCAGCAGAACUGCCCUCAGGGAGGGCCUGGCAGCACUCUCAACAAUCUCGACCCGACGACACCGAACACCUUCGACAAGAACUACUUCAACAACCUUCAGGGCAACCGAGGGCUUCUACAGUCAGACCAAGAGCUCCUCUCAACAAGUGGAGCUCCCACCGCUUCGAUUGUUAACAGCUUUGCGAACAGCCAGGGCACCUUCUUCCAGAGCUUUGUUCAGUCGAUGAUAAAUAUGGGGAACAUUAGUCCACUUACAGCGAGCAGGGGGCAGAUAAGGAGCAACUGCAGGAGGGUCAAUGGGAGUUGAGAGUUAUUGAAGUUGGAGAAGGAGAAUGGUUUUUAACAAGGAGGGUUGUGAGCAGUGGUAGGAUAUAUGAAUAAGGUCCACAAGAAGUUGUGCGGGGAUUUGGUUAUACGAAAUAAGUGCUAAGUUGUAUCAGCUAAGAGCAAAAACAAGCAAAAAUGCUUGUUUGCUCGUCCUUAAUGAAAUAUUUU